GCGGGGGGGGUCGGAGCCCCCCCCGGCCCCUCAGGGACGAGCGCCGGGGCCGCGGCCGCUCCCCCGCCCCGCCGGGGCCGCGCCGCCCGCGCUCCGGGACCGGCUGGGACGAGCUGAGCGGGCGGGCGGGGGGCGCGGGCGGCGGGGCCGCGGGGCGGGGAGGGGCGGCCGGUUGCCGUAGCCCGCGCCUCCCCCGCGGCAGCCCGGCUGCGAGGCAGCGCUGCCCCCGGGGGCUGGGGGCGGCCGGUCCCCUCAGGGGGCGGUGGCGGGGCCGGGCUCGGGCUGCGAGCUUCCCUCGCGCUUCCCUCCGCGUCCCUCCCGCAGGGUCCGGCGCAGCCACCGCUGACCCGCCGUGCCAGCCCGCGGCCUCCGCGCUACCUGAGCCAAUGCUAGAUCUGGAGGUGGUGCCCGAGCGGUCUCUGGGGAACGAGCAAUGGGAGUUCACCUUAGGAAUGCCAUUGGCUCAGGCUGUAGCAAUUCUUCAGAAACACUGUCGCAUUAUCAAAAACGUCCAGGUUCUCUACAGUGAGCAGUCACCUCUUAGCCAUGACCUCAUCCUUAACCUGACUCAGGAUGGAAUCAAACUGCUGUUUGAUGCUUUCAAUCAGAGACUUAAGGUGAUUGAAGUUUAUGACUUGACUAAGGUGAAGUUAAAAUAUUGUGGUGUCCAUUUUAACUCUCAGGCAAUUGCUCCAACCAUAGAACAAAUUGAUCAGUCAUUUGGAGCAACACAUCCAGGAGUGUAUAACUCAGCUGAGCAGCUCUUUCACCUCAAUUUCAGAGGACUGUCAUUUUCUUUUCAGUUGGACUCCUGGACUGAAACCCCGAAGUACGAGCCCAACUUUGCCCAUGGUCUGGCCUCACUGCAGAUUCCGCAUGGCGCGACUGUGAAACGCAUGUACAUCUACAAUGGGAACAGUCUGCAGGACACCAAGGCUCCCUUGAUGCCUCUCAGCUGUUUCCUUGGGAAUGUGUACGCUGAGAACGUGGAUGUUCUGCGAGAUGGAACUGGACCCUCAGGUUUACGGCUUCGCCUACUCACUGCAGGCUGCGGCCCAGGUGUUUUAGCCGAUGCCAAGAUGCGGGUAUUUGAGCGCUGUGUGUACUUCGGUGAUUCCUGCCAGGAUGUGCUCAGCACCUUGGGCUCUCCACACAAAGUCUUCUACAAGUCUGAAGACAAGAUGAAAAUCCAUUCGCCCUCGCCCCAUAAGCAGGUCCCAUCAAAGUGCAAUGACUACUUCUUCAAUUAUUUCACACUUGGAGUGGAUAUUCUCUUUGAUGCAAACACUCACAAGGUGAAGAAAUUUGUCCUGCAUACAAAUUAUCCUGGUCAUUACAACUUUAACAUUUACCAUCGCUGUGAAUUCAAGAUUCCACUCGUCAUUAAGAGAGAUAGUGCUGAUUCACAGACAGAAACAUGUACAACAUACAGCAAGUGGGACAGUAUUCAGGAUCUACUGGGGCACCCUGUAGAGAAGCCAGUGGUACUUCACAGGUCAUCAUCUCCGAACAACACUAACCCAUUUGGGUCAACCUUUUGCUUUGGACUGCAGCGAAUGAUCUUUGAGGUGAUGCAGAAUAACCACAUAGCUUCUGUUACUCUGUAUGGCCCCACACGGCCCAGCAGCCAGUUGAGAACGUCGGACCUUCCCCAGUGAGCAUCCCCUGCAAAGUCAGCUAAUCUCAAUGCUACAGAAUUAGUACAGCGUGCCUUGAUUUGCUGCCACUUAUAAUAUGGAAAGCACGUUAUGAUUUUAUUUUUUUUUUUCAAUAAGCCUUUCCACCCAGGAGCGGUGUAGAAAGGAAAUUCUCUCAACCCUUCAUCAUGGGGCAUGGAACUGUUGAUGGAGGAAAGCAGCUUAGGUGCCUGUGCCGUCAUUUAUUCCUCUCCGUUGCCCUCAUCCUAUGCAGCACAGACCUGAAGAGACUGUCCCUCCUUCUCAGCUGGCAGAAGGGGGAAAUGGAAGAGGGGCACGUAAUGACUGCAAGAAUUAGAAGCACAAACUUUCUGAGCCUUGGAGCAUCUGGAAGCAGGUGUCACUCCUGUUGAAUCCCUGUUCAAUCUGUGCUGUCUCCUGUGAUCGUUGCUUGCUAAGAAAAUUCUAUGCCUCAAUCUUCCUUUUUGUUUCCUCUCUAAUUUUAAUUUCAUUUUACAUAGCCCUUCUGUAAAUUAAAUGGAAUAAUGAGCAUGUACACUGAAAGAAAAAUAAAAAGAGACUCUCAGUUACUGUUUUUGUGUUAAAUACAGUUGCUGGGUGUUUUUGUAAUAAAAUCAUGGAUGUUCCUGUUUUUUCUUUUCUUAUCAAUCAGUUAUUUUUAUUUUAUUGGUUUUCAGACAUUGUAUUUGAAGUACCUGACCAGUGUGUAGUGACUUUAUAGCCAGUUCAGUAUGUUCUCCAAAGAAACAGUAACUAACAUAACUUGGUGGAUACAUUAAAGCAUUUUGUAAGGUUUUGCCCUGAAGUGGAGAAGGAAAG